AUGCAAGCCCAAGGAUCUAGUCAAUUGCCUUCACAAACUACUUCUAAUCCUAAAGGGAAUGUUAGCACUUUAACUUUAAGGAGUGGGAGGAGAGUUUCAGAAUUUUCAAGUGAAGGAAAAGCUGCUGAAAAUUUUCCAGAAUUACAACAGUCUAAUUCCAACAGUGAAGGUAGUGAAGAAAUUCAAGAAGAUCAGAAUGUUCCAAAUUCGAGUUCCAUUCUAGAUUUAAUUGAUCCACUGGACUUGGAGCAUUCACAAGAAGGUGGGAGUUUGAUGCCAGAAAUUUCCAGCAACUCUUAUCCAGCUGAACAAUUUCCAGCAGAAUUGCCAAAUUCCAGCAAAUCUGGAAAUCAAGAAUUCAAAAUUCUGUUCAAGAAGAAGUUGAAGGGGAAUGAAUUGAUCAGCUUAGGAAAGAAUGUAUCUGCUCUUAUUCAACCAGUUCCCCAGAAAUGUGAAGAUCCAGGAGUGUUUACAGUACCUUGUGAGAUUGGGAGUAGUUUGUUUAAGGAUGCUAUGUUGGAUUUGGGGGCUUCAAUUAAUGUGAUGCCAAGAUCAGUUUUUCAGACUUUAGGGAUUGGACCAUUAUUACCUACAGGGGUCGUUAUUCAGUUAGCAGACCACAGUCAGACUCACCCAGCUGGAGUUAUUGAAGAUGUAUUGGUGAAGGUGAGAGAACUUAUCUUUCCUGCAGAUUUUUAUAUCCUUGACAUGGAGGGAGACUAUUUGGCCAGUAGAUCUCCACUCAUUCUAGGACGACCAUUUUUUAAGACAGCAAGGACUAAGAUUGAUAUUCAUGCGGGCACACUUUCUAUGGAGAUAGGAGAUACAGUGGUCCAGUUCAGUAUUUUUGACGCUAUGAAGCAUCCUAGAGAAGAUCAUUCUAUUCUUAGCCUAGAUAUUUCAGAGGAGCUGGAUAGUAUGGAUUUUUUUCCAGGUUUUGAUUCAGAUUUCGUAGUGGAUGACCAGAGUGGUGUACUAUCUUCGAUUUUGGGAGAUAUUUCAGUCGUGGGAGUGGAUGAUGAGUUUUGUGGAUUAUUUCCUAGUAAGAGAGAUGAAUUAUGCGUAGGGGAUUGCUUAGGAGAAGCUCUACCCCUAAGAUCGCUAAGAGAAGAAGAUGAGUUGAAGCCAUUGCCUCCACACUUGAAGUAUGCUUAUUUAAGAGAGAACCAGCAGCUACCUGUCAUCAUAGCCCAGAAUCUAGAACCAGAACAAGAGAACAGAUUAUUGGAGAUUCUGAGGCAGCACAGGAAGGCCAUUGGAUGGACUCUAUCAGACAUUCCUGGUAUCAGUCCUUCUAUUUGCAUGCACAGGAUUUAUUUGGAGGAGGAUGUGAAACCAGUGAGACAGCCCCAGAGGAGACUUAACCCAUUGGUGCUUGACGUAGUAAAGAAAGAGGUGUCGAGACUUCUACAGGCAAGUAUCAUUUACCCUAUUUCUGACAGUAAAUGGGUAAGUCCUAUUCAUGUGGUACCAAAGAAAUCUGGAGUGACAGUAGUGGCUAAUGAAGAGAAUGAGUUAGUACCCAUCAGAGUGAAGAAUUCAUGGAGAGUUUAUAUAGACUACAGGAAGCUGAACCAGGCAAGCAGAAAGGACCACUACCCUUUGCCUUUUAUUGAUCAGAUGUUGGAGAGACUGGCGGGACACAUAGUCUCUAGGAGAGGAAUUGAGGUAGAUCCUGCUAAAAUUAGUGUUAUAUCUUCUUUAUCUUACCCCGCAUGCGUGCGGGAUGUUCGAGCUUUUCUUGGCCAUGCAGGAUUCUACAGGAGAUUUAUUAGGAACUUCAGUAAGAUUACUCUUCCAUUGUCUCAGCUUCUUCAGAAAGAUGUGGAGUUUCAGUUUGAUCAGAGGUGCAAGGAAGCUUUUCAUAGAUUGAAGGAGGCUUUGAUUUCUGCACCUAUCAUUAGGCCACCAGAUUGGACAUUACCAUUUGAGCUUAUGUGUGAUGCUUCGAACUUUGCCAUUGGGGUAGUACUGGCACAGAGAGUAGAAGGAGCACCACAUGUGAUCUACUAUGCAUCAAAGACCUUGGAUUCAGCUCAAGCAAAUUACACCACGACAGAAAAGGAGCUUCUUUCCAUUGUGUUUGCUUUCCAUGGUUCUGUGCCUAACGGUUGUGAAGACCAAUCGACUGGUAGAAAGUCGUUGGCAGAAUCUUAG